AUGGACAUACGACAUCCCAGCCCAACCUCGUGUAAUCUACGGAAACACAAGAAUAACAGAAAACCCAGAACUCCCUUUACAACCUCUCAGCUGCUUUCUCUGGAGAGGAAGUUCCGUCAGAAACAGUACCUCUCCAUCGCAGAGAGAGCGGAGUUCAACUCCCUCAGCCUCACAGAGACCCAGGUCAAGAUCUGGUUUCAGAACCGCAGGGCCAAGGCCAAAAGACUGCAGGAGGCCGAGCUGGAGAAGUUCAAGCUGGCCGCGAAGCCGCUGUUGCCGGCCUUCGCCUUUCCCUUCCCCCUGAGCGCACCCAUGGGCUCACCGUCCCUAUACGGGUCCCUGAACGGACCGAGGCCUGCCUUCACCGUCCCAGGACUAUUCAGUGGACCAUAUGGGAUGUACUACUUGUCUUAACCCUCACUACCUUUGAACUGCAUCGCUGGGAAAGCUGCCUUUUAAAAAUGCCUUAGCCUAUACAGCAAAUAACCAACACUGAAGAAAAUGUCCAU